AUGUCUGAAAUCUUGACGAGAAGAAAACGAACCGACGACGAGAAAGACGAGGACGAUACAGACGAGUUUAUCUCGCUGGAGUUUUUAGAGAGACAACGACGAGAACAAGAAGAAUCAGCUUUCAUCAGCUUUAGCGGUGUUACCUCUUCUUCUUCUUCUUUGUCUUCUUCAAACUCGAAAGAGGACAAAGAGGAAAAUGUUUUGGUCGUCGAUGUGUUCGUGGAAAGCUCUUUGCGAUUGGUGAACGUACAGUUGAGAUUUUUAAAAUUCUUGAUGAAAGAAGACCAAGAAGACAACCAAGUACAAAAGCACCGAAGUCGAAUUCGAACGCGAGAAAUGACGCUCAUCGCGCACGCUAUUGGGAGCGUGGUUUUGAACGUAGGACGCGUGGUGUCGAGCACGAACGCGAACUUUUCGAGUGUUCUGAUUCAGACGCAAACGACGACGACGAUAAAGACGAAUAGCAAUCAUCGAGGAGAGGAGGAGGACGAAGAUAUCGUCGUCGUCGCCGACAUCGAGAGCGUAUCGACGUUACUGGCGAAGGAGGUUUUAGCAGACGCGGUAGCAACGCUCAAAAAGCACGGCGGUGAGGAGGAGAGUAGCACUGAUGAGAGCGACGGUGGUGGGAAAAGACUCGAAGAGAAGCAGUGGUACGCGGCGUGUGUAGUGAGAGCGAUUAAGGCGUGCGCGACGCUCACGAGUUGGCCGGAACGGGAAAUGGACGCUCUGGUGAAUGUCUUGUUGAGAGAAUGCGCGUUUUAUAAGUACGAAGGUUGUGCGAGGAGAGGCGAAGUGGACGACGGUAAUGGAGAGACGAAGGUGAGUGAGGAUUCAUAUAUCGGCGGGUUUGCGGAGGAGAGCGAUUGGUGCUUACCACCGUCGAGCGCGUUCGAGAAAGCGGGGAAAGCAAAGACAACAAUAACAGAGGUGAGCCCGGUGGAACUUUUGAAAACUGAGGCGCUCGCGGCGUUGGGGUACAUGGCCAAAAGAAACCCAUCGGGAAUGUGUUCGCGAUGGCAAAUAGUCUUCCCUCGAGAGUUUUCUCCUGCGCCGAAAAAGAAGAAGAGCAGCGUUCUUCUCGCGUCGCAGAAAACGCUCGAAAAGUUGAUGGUUUUCGAACGAAGCGCAUCGGUUCGUUCGGCGGCGUGCUUUGCGAUUAUUUCGUUAUUAGAUUCAAGCGAAGCGAAGAAGUAUUUAGCAAUGGCAGAGAUGAAAGAGGAUAAGGGUGUAAGCGGCGGUAGCGCUGUGAGUGCUAUGUCUUCCUCAUCGUCGCGUCGAGCUUCGUCGGGAUUCUCUACGGUAUCGAUGAACUUAGGGGAAAACGCAGUGGCGCUGUGCGAAACGAUUUCGUACGCGUGGACCAGAAUUUCAGAGCACCAUUUUCGAAAACGUUUUCCUGGUGCACCCACGCCGAGUAAAGACAACAUAGGAAGCGCGGACAAAUGGAUAAGCUGGCUGAGCAUCUUGACGGAGAAAGCGGUCGAUUCCUUGCCGUUUUUGAGAUUGCCGAAGCGGUUGGUACCGCAGCUCGCGAACUCGAUCAAAUGCGCACUUUUGAUUGAGUAUUCCUCGUUUCCAAGCAGCGCGGUAGUGAGCGCGUUUUUCAAAGAAGCACCAAUUAUUCGAUGUCUUGGAAUCACGUUGAGUGCGAAAAUCGGCUUUGAAAGUUUGGAAAGCAACGCGUCUUCUGUGGUGUUCAAAUCCAGCUUAAACGCCAGAAAAUACACCGCGGAUGAAAUGACGCUGUUUUUGCAAGCGUGCGAAGCUUUGUGGAAAAAAGCAGCCGCAUCGACUACGCGCGAUUCCUUGAUAGACAAAGAAGUUCAGGAAUCGUGCGAGGCUUUUAAAGCGCUGCAAAAGUUGGCGUCCUCUGAAAACGCGUCAAAAAUUUUGUUUCCCAAUCGAGAGUGCGUUUGCAAACUCUCGCCGGACGUCUUGAUGGCAAUUUUUGUGGCAAAAUCUUCCUCCAGGGCAAAUAAAGUCGCUUUCGAGAAGGUCAUGCACGCGAGCGUAAAAUUGCAGUGCGCGAUGCUCUCCGCUGUCCUUCAAAAGAGCAGGAGGAAGAACAGCAGUUUUCUCUUCUGCGCGGAAAUUCGCCGCGAGCUGUGGUGCAAUUUUAUCGACAACGCGCUUCCGUCGUGCCUUUCGAACACGCGAUCGGAUGAAGUCACGCAACUCGUAAAAAUCGCCGCUUUGCGGUGUUUGAGCGAAACGACAGAUUGUGUCAUCAGCGAUAUACGAUCGAGUAGUAACGGUACCGCGGAGAUUUCUCGAAUCAAAGCAGUGUUUGAGGCUCCUCUCGAUAUUUUGCGAGAAAAACAUCGUCGAUAUCCGAGCGCAACUCGCGCGGAAGCCAUGAGAACGCUCGCAUCACUUCUCAUCUUAGAUCCGAAAUAUUUCGAAAUGAAUGAGGUUCUCUUGGGCGCGUUAGAAAGCGUCAAGAACGCUAUGAAUCAAGAAAGGACGCAUCAAGAUUUUUCAAAGACGCUGGAAAUGAACGCGUCUUUGUGCGCUGCAAACAUCGCCUUGUGCGCUACAAGGUUGCCGACGCCUUCUGCGGAUGAUAGUGAUGAUGUAUCGAUUAAUAAAGAAUUGACGCAUUUGUUCCACGAGUGGACUAUUUCGAAAGCAGACAAAGUGCGGGCGAACGUGGCGCGAGGGCUCGGACACAUUGCGAAAUUUCGUGACUUGGAGGAUGAGACGCUUCAACUGAUUUGCGAGGCGCUCUUUUCUUGCGCCUCUACGGGUUCCGCAAAAACGCAAUGGAACUCUUGCGUUGCCAUAAAAAACUUAUUCGAAAACCAGGAUGCGAUCUCUAACGAAGCGUUCUCAGCAGUCAGAGGCGUCAGCAACGCCGGUGUCAUUCUCACUCGACUAUUACUCACUCUGAUUAAAACGAGCGAGAAUUUCAAAAUUCGUAGAGAAUCUCUCGCGGCUAUUUCGCGAGCGUCGCGUACGUUUUUGGACCAUCUUUCCUACGUCGAUUGCAUCCGAGUCGUCGUUGAAGCGCUCGUCCAAGGCGAGAAACAGUGUAGUAAACUCGUCGGAGAGUUCGAAGACGACGAUGGUAACGUAACAUCAAAGCGCGCUGCAGAGAAGUAUCGAGAGGAGCUCAAAGCCCAAGCGAUUUCGACUUUUGUUCAUUUACUGUCGAUUGGCGUCGUGUCUGAAAGAGGAUGCACGAGAAUCGUGAGAGAACAUUCGUCUCAUGCUCUCGAGGCAAUUCGAAUUGCCGUUGAUAUCGUAGAGACUCGUGGUAGCGAAGGAGAUGGUGACAGAUUCGAGAGUGCGACUAAAUUCGAUAAAGAGACGGUAUCGACAGCGCAAACCGUGUUGAGCGAAAUGCUAGGGGUGCCGGUCACCGUCCCCCGUCCCGCUGUCUUUGAAAAAGUACUUCUCGCUAAAAACGAAAACGUGCUUUCCUCGAAGCACAUGCACAAAUGA